GUCGCCGCUAAUUACGCCAGCGGCCAUCUGAAGUAGUCCACAGUUUGGAGAGAAAGACGUCUUCAGGAAGAGCCGAAGGCUAUCAAGUUUGUGUUUACUUCCAAUUUGCAGACAGCAAUUACAAUUUACAUCAGUAGUUGAAGUAAAGGAAAGGAUUUUUAUUGUUCAUUUUUGACACACGCACGACAAUUUGUAUGCUUUCUGUACACUAGCAAAAAAACCCUUCAAGAUAGAUAACUUGAUUGUACCUUGUACUUAAAACCCAAGAAAGACCAUUUCAGAGCUACAGACACGAGCGCGACAAAGUAAGUUACUUGAAUCAUUCCAGUUUGUUGGAGCACACCGUUCAAUAUUUAGUGCGAAAUAGACCCAGGCAAUUUUUCCAAGUCAUUAGUGUUGACUCCAAUCGAUGCCCUCCCACAUGACUGAAUUAUGUUUCUUCGUCAAAAUAUCCUUAUCGCUGUUAUUUUAGUAAAAUCCAGACAUUUCAUCUUAAGCUGACACGCAACGAAACAAAGUGUAUAUAUACGAAAGCAAGAAAAGAGAAAAGCAAGUUGGCAGGAAGACCACUUUUUAAUUUUACUUAUAAAAACAAUUAUUAACUUCCGAGCUAACUUCUGACCUAAAAAAAUAGCGACCUCAUGCAUCUCAUGAAAAUACCGCCAACUCUUGAAAGAUAUUUUGUUAUUCGCUAGUAGCCAGUUUUAAAACAAAAAAAUAACUUUUUUAUAACGGUUAUUACUCGGAUCUAACUUCCUGCUCCUGCUAAAGAAUAUCCUAAAACCACAUAAGUUUUGGUCAAUUAAUAUUUGGACCACGAAAACGAAACGGUCGCGGGGAAGCGCGCUUUAAUUCAGUUGCCCCAAGCAUAUAUGUUAUUACUACAAAAUAUAUAGGGAACAAAUUAAACUGAAAUGAAGCAAAUUGAAUCUUUUGAACUUUGAAAACAAUUUUUGAAAAAUCAGUAUUAAGGCGGCAUCGUCUGUACCCUGAAGAUAUUUUGAUAGGAGGGGAUCUUCACGCCGUCUUUAUAAAUCAAGAUUUCGAUAUCGCCAGCUCAAAUCUAUCAAACUUUGCAGGGUUAGAUCGGUAACUUGUCGUACUAUUUAAUAAGGCCUCGGACUGUUUUGUUUCGGCCUCUAAUACUUGUAUCUAUAUUUUGUUAUCGCAGAAAACCUAUUUUUCCACGAGCUGUCUCAGAGGAGUCAUUUUCCAUCAAACGUUCACCUGCUUUUAAGUGUUCUGUUGCGGCCUAAUUUCCGAUAAUUUCAUAUACUUUAUCGAGAUUGAUAAAUUUUUGAAUGACAAGUUGACAAAGCAAGACAAAAGUCGGUCGCGGUUACUUUAAAACAUUGAAACGAAUAUGCAGCAGGAAACAGAAUGUGAUUGAUUGAUCAAGAAAGGUAUAAAACUGACGAAACAACAAAACAGAAGACUGAUAAAACGACGGAACCCAGACAGAAGUCUCCUGUGGGUCGAGCAGAAGACAUGGAUUUCAACGCCACAAACUCAACGCUGUCUAAUGCUACAAAAUCGUCUUCGCUUUUGAAAGGCAGCUGGCAUAUGCAUCGUGAGUUCAUUUACAAAGUUUACUUGACGAGAGGUAUACUCGACAUUUCAAUGGCGUUGAUCACAGCUUUUUCCAACGGUCUCGUGAUUUUCCUGUUUCUGAAAGAUCCAAAGAAAUGUCUUCGCCCAUCCCCAACAAGCCUUCUUGUCGCUAGCCUGGCUUUGGUAGAUUUCCUGGUCGGGAGCGCCCUGGAGCCGACAGAUGCUUAUUAUAAUCUGUCGAUAGCCUUUGGAAAGAAAUCCUCUAUAAACAGAAAAGACAUGCAGAGUGCCACAGCAUAUCUACUUCUCUGCUCCAUGCUUCUCUUAAUGCUGCUAACGUUCGACCGACAUACAGCAGUGUCGCGACCAAUCCAGUACUCUCAAAGAAUCACCAAGAAAAAAGUUUAUUUCAGCGUUGUCUUUGUGUGCAGUUACUGUGCCUUGCUCAUCUUUGUAAUACGGAACUGGGGAGAAGCGUUCAGAAAUGAGGUCUUCUGUGGUCACGUCGAUUUAGUUUUGGUCAUCACAACCGCCCUCUUCGGCCAUAUCGUCUAUUCGCUUCGACGACAAACAAGCAAGUUGAAACGACUGAGUGUAAAUUCAGACGACGUUUUUGUUGUCCAAGCGUCGGAGCGUGAAAGGAAAGUAACACUGACGCUCGCUUUCAUGCUCGUGGUAUUCCUCGCGUGUACCAUGCCCUGGUUUCUGAUGAUGCAGAUUUUUGACUACUGCAAACUUUGUCAGAAAAAUUGGUGGGUCUUGAAACUGUUGUUUAUUUUGUUUCAGGCCAAUUGCGCUUUCAAUCCAUUUUUGUGCACUCUCCGCCUUCCGCGUUACAAAGUGGCGCUAAAAUGUAUCUUGGCGCGAUGCGCAUUUUCCCGCCGUUUUAGUCCUUCAUGGCGAUACAGGCGAGCUUAUCAGCUUAAAAAACGCUUUUCCAACACUGCGAACCUGCAAGGAAGUGGAAAAAAGGAAUCUUCCAGUUCGAGUGUUGCUUUAGCGCCCGUUUUGACACAGUAUCAACUAAGAAGCUAAAGAAAACCAUUAUAAAAUUGUAUAUAUAUAAAAAAUUAAACCCCAGGCGUUAGUUUCUGUAAUGGUUUUAUAGUGUUUAGAAAUUAGAAUUUGUUUCGUGGGAGUUGCCGUUUCAUGCGAUCUGACAGUAGCCAGGGGUUCCUAACCAGAUCAAUUAGUCAAGCUGGCACACUUAUCAAGCAAUCUCAACUUAAAAAUACUGCUGUAGUGUUAAUUUGAAUACAAAUCGAAAGGUGGAGAUCUCAUCUUUAAUUAAUUAUUGUGGAUAGUUUUGAUGACGUACAAAUGAAGCCAGCUAUCUUGAAAUCGUAGGAUUCAGAGAUGUUGAGAUUUAUAUUUAUAACCCGAUAGUAUGUGACUGAAAAUAUAUUUCCAAGGGAAAGUGAUUUGAUUUCAAGAUUUUACUGUACAGCUUUUAACCCAACGAUAUGUAUAACGUUAGUUUUGGGGAAAAUAAUUAAAUUCAGCGGACAAAAGUUUAAUUGCAAGGCCAAAAGACCGUUGUGGCUUGCAUGAAUAAUAAAGCUCGACCCAACGGUGAUGUUUUCGACUUAUUUAUUCUAAUGAAACGGAGACUAUUGUUAAAAAUAGACAGAAUCUUUAAUUGCACAUAUGUAUGGAUUCCUGUUUCCGGAUUUUACCAAAAAUAUAUUGUUACUUCUACAUAAACCAAAAUUUUGCUUUUACAGGAAAAUGUAAUGUAAAGAAAGCUUAAUUUAAAGGAAACCACAAACGUUAUGAAACCAA